AAGACCACACACCUGGUAGGAGGUGGAACCAGGAUCACAGAGGAAGAACGUGUCAAAUAGCCUGUUCGCUUUAGGGUUCUGCCGGAUAGAAGGGAAUAUGGGGAACGCCAAAAGCCGCUCGGGGCAGAACACCUGUUCACAGUUUCUGCCUGAGGAGCAGGCUGAGAUCGAUAGACUCUUUGAUGCUCUGUCAUCGGACAAACACAGCUCGAAUACCUCGCCCAGAUCCUUCUCUCUGAAGGCACUACAGAGCCACGUUGGGGAAGCUCUUCCCCCAGAGAUGGUCACCAGACUGUAUGAUGGGAUGCGGAGGGUCAACGUGACGGGGACGGCGGUGGGGCCCAGUGAGGGUGUCUCCCAGAAGCAGUUCACAGUGUCAAUGUCCCACCUGUUAAAAGGAAACUCCGAGGAGAAGAGUCUCGUGAUCCUGAAAAUGAUUUCUGCCACAGAAGGUCCCGUGAAAGCAAGAGAAAUCCAGAAGUUUACAGAGGAUCUGGUCGGCUCUGUGGCGCACGUGCUAGAGCACAGGCAGGAGCUGAGAGGCUGGACUCAGAAGAAGGGCCCGGGCUCCCCGCCCAGGGUGCAGGUGCUGGCUGCCCAGCUCUUCUCCGAGAUGAAGCUUCCAGGUGGCGAGAAGCUUCUGGGGCCUCAGCGGCUGGACUGUGACUGUGACCGAGCCACGAUCGAGGACUGGGUGUUCAGGGCCCCCCACGUGGCCACGUUUCUGAGCGUGGUCAUCCACAGAGGCUUUCUCCUCCUGGGCUCAUCCCUCGACCUGUCUGCCCUGCUCCCCGAGCGUCAGGUCGAUCAGGAGCGGGAGUUUGAGAGCGUGCUGGAUGUCCUGUCGGUCAUCUACGUCAACUCCCACCUGCCCAGGGAGCGGCGGCACCGCUGGCGUCUGCUCUUCUCGUCCGAGCUCCACGGGCACAGCUUCGCCCAGCUCUGUGGGCACAUCACGCACGGGGGGCCCUGUGUGGUGCUCCUCCAGGACCACGACGGCCACGUGUUCGGUGGGUUUGCCUCCUGCUCCUGGGAGGUCAAGCCUCAGUUUCAAGGGGAUGACAAAUGCUUCCUGUUCUCCAUCUCCCCCAGCAUGGCUGUGUACACCUGCACGGGCUACAACGACCACUACAUGUACCUGAAUCACGGGCAGCAGACCAUCCCAAACGGACUGGGCAUGGGAGGGCAGCACGAUUACUUUGGGCUGUGGAUUGAUGUCGAUUUCGGGAAAGGACACAGCAAGGCCAAGCCCACGUGCACCACAUACAACAGCCCUCAGCUGUCGGCCAAGGAGAACUUCCGGUUCGAGAAGUUGGAGGUGUGGGCGGUGGGAGACGCCUCGGAGUCGCAGCUGGCCAAGAGCAGCAGGAGCAUCCUGGACGUGGACCCCGAGGCCCAGGCGCUGCUGGAAAUCACUGGGCGGAGCCGCCAAAGCCAAGGGCUCCGGGAGGUCCCGGAGGACGACGAUUGAGGAGUC